AUGUUACCAGCGGAAAAUCGGGAGACUUUGAAAAUGUUAUUGCGACACCUGCAGAGAGUAGCAUCACAUUCGGACAAAAAUCGAAUGCAAACGCACAAUCUCGCUAUCAUGUUCGGCCCAACUUUGUUCAACAGCGGAGAUGAGAAAACACCAGCGAAGAAAAAAGAUGCAGGAAAGAAGAAGAAAGAGCAGAAAAAGGAUGAUACGCCUGCUGUCCAGUCAAAUUCCCAUAUGGCCUUCAAUAUGAUCAUGCAAGGACAGAUUGUAGAAUAUCUGCUCACAGAACAAAACAAAUUCGAAGCGUUGCAAGGUCCUGUACAAACACAUCCACACUAG